UUCUUCAACUCUAGGGCGGUCCUGUCCUGCACCCCAGGCGUCCACCAGUAACCAUGUCGUGGGAAAUAGCAACGGCUCGUCGCCUCGUCAGCAAGAUGCGGGUGCGGCCUGUGCGGCGAACCUUCGAGGCCUGCUUCGAGGCUUUGGCCUCCGCGUCUCCGAGCCUCCGCGUUACGCACAAGUUGAGGACAAGUGAGGGGAAUGGCUUGUUCCCCGCGGGCAUUUUGUGGGGAAGUGCAAGAACUGGCCGCUGGGGUUACGAAAGUUCUACCCUUGCAAUGGAGGUGCACACCGCACAGUAUCACAUAUAUAUCUCGGGUGAUAGGAGGAAGGAAAGAAAAACAAUGACGUCGGAGCGUGCCGCGACGAAGACUGCGACGUCUGCGACAACGACAACAAAUACGGUCGAGACGACGGUGGUCCACGUCCUCACCCCCGAGAAGGAGUGGAAGCCGGUGGAGGUACCACUACCAAAAUUGACAGCCUCACUUCAUUGGGAGGAGUGGGAGCGCCAAGAGGGCGUGCGCAUCGAGAAGCAGACGGCCCGAACCCACUCGCGCCAUCGACACGCCACCCGGCCCACUGCCACCCUCCACUGCGACUACUCUGACGACGAGGAGGAGCGAGAGGUGAGGAAGUCGCGGGGCAGGGUGGCGCGGAGUCAAAGACGCUCGCACGACCCAAACCAACGUCGGAAAUCCUCGCCGGCUGGUCGCACCAUCGGCAACUCCCUCCGCAGCUUCUGCACCUUCUGCAACCCGCAGCUCGCGAACCGCGUCCUGCGUCGACACGACGCCCACGAGGAUGCGAAGGAGACUGAUAGUGACGCUGCACCAAUCGGGAAGGAAGAGACGAUGGGGCAGUUGCGACACAAUGGACCGCUACACCUGCAUACCCGCGCAACCUACCCUCUCUACACACUUGCCACAAUGCUGAGCGUGGAACCAUGGAAAGAAAGGUGUGGGAAGAGUGUCGCCCUCCGUCGCGGCAACCCGCUGCACGAAAAGUCCGGGAAAAGCAGCAGGAGAAUGAAGGGCGAAGGGGUGAUCAAAGCUGGUGGACCUUCGCGUGGACGGCAAUCAUGGUGGGAAAAUGGCUGGAAUCUCAAACAAAUGGUGAGAAUCCGAGGUGCAAAGGCUGGGAUGGCUCCGGAUGACGAGCUACUCAGGGUCUCCCACACCCGUUUUCUUCUUCUCGCCAUCCGGUUGGGAACUGGCGUAGGAUCAGAAUCUCGGGGGUCUCCUUGUGUAAACACCAGCAGAAGUGAAAAUUCGCGUUAUUCACCGGUUCAAAUGAUAUGCACAGCACAAGAUGCACCAGUAUUUGAUCAGAUUACCAUUCUUUCUCGGUUCCCCACGCUUUCGCUUUGUCUGAGCUAUAUGGUGCCAGAUUCAGAAAUGACUGAGGAAAGCCCUCCAAUCCAUGCCUUACAAAGUUUCGUAACGGGUCAUCCACUUGAACGCGUUGCGAAGUUGACCCGCGAACGCAACGACGCGUUUGGUAACGUCAGCCGUUAG